CUAACGCAGCGGAUGGCGCGAGAGUUCACAGUCUACACUUAAUUAAAACAAUGUAAAUAAAGGCGUUUAGCAGGCAUGUCUGUGAUGUAAAGUUGUAUUUAUCUGGAAGGAAGUGUCACUGUUCUGAUGAGGUGUUCCUAGAGCGCGCAGAAGGUUUUAAUAUCGUUGUGAAUAGAUGAAGCGUGUCCUGAGCAUGUCCCUGCGGUAGAGAACUGAACUGGAGCCCCAGAGUGAUGGCUCAGUCCACAGCAGGGGACCGCUCACUUCCGGAAUGGAUGAGGAAAGAACGUGACGGUGAUGUGCAGUCUCAGUCACAGAGUAUCUAUAAAAAGAAUAUUAUUGAGGAUGAGCUUCCCUAUCUGGAGUUUGGUGGUACAGUUGUAUACAGCCAGGAGAAAAACGAUUGCUCAUUUUUAACAGAGGAUUUAAGAUCCUCCCUCAUGCCUGGCUCGGCUGUGGGCUUUGAUUUAGAAUGGCCUCCGUCUUUCACCAAGGAGAAAACUAAGAAGGUUGCUCUGGUUCAGCUUUGCGCCUCGGAAGAGAAAUGCUACCUUUUUCACAUCUCGUCCAUGUCAGGAUUCCCUCCUGGCCUAAAGAUGUUUCUGGAGGAUGAGCAUAUCAAAAAGGUUGGGGUGGGCAUCGAAGGAGAUAAGUGGAAGCUGUUGUCUGAUUAUGAAAUUAAGCUGAAGAAUUUUGUAGAGCUCUCUGAUUUGGCAAAUGAGAAACUGAACUGUGUUGAGAAAUGGAGCUUGGAUGGGCUGGUCAAGCACUUGUUCAAAAACCGGCUCUUUAAAGACAAGGAUGUGCGCUGUAGCCACUGGGAUGACUUUGGACUCACAGAAGAGCAAAAACGAUAUGCUGCAACAGACGCCUAUGCUGGAUUCAUAGCAUAUCAGAAGCUAGAAAGAAUGGUGUUAAACUCAGGUUCACUGAAGGCUCAGGAUGGCUUGAAGCAGAAGCUUUGUCAGAUAAGCAGAGAACUUGAAGACAUUACAAGAUGCAUUCCUGAGGGAUUCAACUGUACAAGCAGAACUGAAAAGCUAGUGGAUGACUUGUCUCAGCAAGUUGCAUCUCUUAAAGAGCUCCUGAAAAGCAACCAAAACAAAGCAGAAGAGCGUUUCUCUAAAGCCAGCAUGGACCAAAGUCCAGAGUCCUCCCAGAGUUCUGAGAUCACUACCACGGAUCCUGAAACUAGUCAGAUAUCUUCUAAAGACCGAAAUGGUCAUUUCUCAUCCAGGGACCAUGUAAAGCAUUCUUUGCCGCUAAAAGAGGAUAAAAAUGGCCCUGUUCAGACAGGAAAGAAGGAAUGCAUCAUGUCCUUGGAUAUCUCUGAUUAUGAGCUUCAGAUGCUGGAGAUGCAGGCCAGACAGGAGGAGAACGAGGAGCAGUCCAUUUUAGCUUUCGAGGAGAAAUCUGCUCUGGAAGAUUCUGCCGAGUUGUCUUAUGAUCUUGAAAGUGAUGAUGAGCUUGACAAUGAAAUGAUUCAGUGUGCUGAAAAAAUGGAGAAACUGAAUGAUAGUCGUGAAAAGCAGCCUAAUGAAGCUGAGGUCAAUGCUGAUGAAGAAGAUGAGGUUGUUGAAGAGGACGAAGCAGAAGGAUUUGAUGCAAAUCUUCCCCAGCCAACUCCUGAUCAGAUUAAAUGCCUGAAAAUGUAUUUUGGACAUCACAAUUUUAAACCGGUACAAUGGAAAGUGAUUCAGUCCGUGCUUGAGCAGAGGAGGGAUAACCUUGUUGUCAUGGCAACUGGUUAUGGAAAGAGCUUGUGUUUCCAGUUCCCUCCUGUGUACUGUGUGAACCUUAGUGUGGUUAUCUCCCCUCUGAUCGCACUAAUGGAGGACCAGGUGCUGCAGCUCACAAUGUCCAACAUCCCUGCUUGUUUCCUUGGAUCGGCCCAGACCCAUAAUGUAUUUGCUGACUUAAAAAAGGGUGAAUUCAGAGUUGUGUACAUGACACCAGAAUUCUGUUCUGGGAACAUAGCUCUGCUUGAACAGCUGAAUAAGUCGAUUGGUAUUUGUCUGAUUGCAGUGGAUGAAGCCCAUUGUAUUUCACAGUGGGGGCACGAUUUUAGAAGUGCUUAUCGAGACCUUGGCAAAUUGAAAAGAUGCCUUCCGAAUGUUCCUAUUGUGGCACUCACAGCCACAGCAAGCCCCUCUAUUCGGGAUGACAUAGUGAAAAGCCUCCACCUGGCGAACCCUGUCGUUACUUGCACCUCUUUCGACCGGCCCAACCUCUAUCUGGAUGUGGAUCGCAAAUCUGGUGACAUCAUUCAAGACCUUAAGUCGUUUUUGGUGAAAAAGACGGGGGGCGAUUAUGAAUUUGAGGGCUCAGCCAUCGUGUACUGCCAAUCAAAGAAGGAAACGGAAAGAGUGACAUCUGCUCUAUUUAAGCUGGGCAUCCGCUGUGGAGCAUACCACGCAGGUCUCGGCAUCAAACGGAGGAAAGAGACACAGUAUCAGUUCAUGAGAGAUGAGAUACAGUGUGUGGUGGCUACCGUAGCUUUUGGAAUGGGAAUUAACAAGCCUGAUAUUAGAAAGGUCAUUCAUUAUGGAGCCCCGAAAGAGAUGGAGUCUUACUACCAGGAGAUUGGACGAGCAGGCAGAGACGGACUGCCCAGUGCCUGCCAUGUCCUCUGGACACCGAGCGACAUGGCACUCAACAGGUUUCUUCUCAACCAGACGAAGAGUGACCGAUUCAGGGGCUACAAAAUGGAAAUGAUGGCCAAGAUGGAGAAGUAUUUGAAUUCCACUAAGUGCAGAAGGAAGUUAAUCUUAUCACAUUUUGAGGAUAAGCAACUCAGAAAAGUCACUUCAGGUAUACUGGGGACCGCCAAGUGUUGUGACAACUGCAAAUCUGGGCCCAUUAAAACUGCGCUCCAGGACUGUUCAGACCAAGACGUUCAGGAUUUCGGUGCGUGUGCGUUCCAGCUGAUGGGGGCAGUGAGUGCAAUGGGAGAGAAAUUUGGUAUUACAGCUCCCAUACAGCUGCUGCGUGGCUCAACUUCUCAGAGAGUUCCUGAACGCUUUUGGCAGCACGCUUUGUUUGGUGCGGGCAAGAGUGUGUCUCAAGCCUGGUGGAGGGCGCUUGGCCGCGAGCUCAUCAGCGAGAAGUACCUAAUGGAGACUUCUGGUUAUAAGAAGUUCACCACGCUCUGUAAACUCGCUCCCAAGGGCAAGACAUGGUUAAGCAAAGCCCAGGAUGAGAAGCACAGAACCCUCCUUCUUCAUCCAAACAGGGAUCUGUGUCCAAGAGUUUUUGUGCCAAAGAAAAAACAAGAUCCCAAACCUGUUGUGGUUGGUGUUCAAGACCAGGCUCUACCAAGCACAUCUCAGAGAACAAGUUUCCAGUCUCAGUUGGACUCCAGUGCCAAGAAUGACCGAGCAUCACAUUAUUGGUCAGCUCCUGGUCUGUCACCUGCUCCCAAAGCCACGCCUCAGCCUCCUGCAGUCUCUGCCAGAGAAAUGGAAUUGCAGUCUGAGCUGUACAGCAAGCUGGUAGAUGAGAGGCAGAAGCUUGCCAGCAUGAAGGACAUCCCUCCUGCCAUACUGGCCACCAACAAAAUCCUCCUGGACCUGGCCAAGUUAAGGCCCUGCUCGGUAGCAAAGCUGAAGCUGGUGGACGGUGUGUCCGAAGCUAAAGCAGCCAUGUUGGCUCCUCUCCUUCAGACCAUCACAGACUUCUGCCAGACACACGGUCUGCAGGAGGCUGUGACUUCCAGCUCUUCUACUUCCUGUGCUGAACAGGCGCACAGUACACAAACAGGAAAACCACUGCUUCUGUCUGACAGCGUGGCUGUAACUUACAGACUUUUCCAGGUCAAUGGCAAAACCAUGAGACAAGUAGCUGAUGCUCGUAGCUUGCCCAUGACAGUGGUGGAAUCUCAUCUGCUCCAGGCUCAGAAGGCCGGCCAGCCUCUGGACACCGAGCGCGCCGGCCUGUCUACAUCUCUAUUCAACACAGUCACGCGCAUCCUCUCCUCUCCUCCUCUCAGCUCGGAUAUCAGUAACUUUAAGAACGUUCGUGCUGUGGUGCCAGAGAACAUCAGUACUUUUCUCCUCAUGCUGUGCAUCGCUAAGCUACAUAAUGAAGGCUUUCCAGCGCCACAGCCUGUCAACCUGCCAACAGAACAGCAUAAGCUCACUUGGAUAGAGCCUCAGGCGAAGCUCGUCCAGGUAGAUGGUGCUGGUAAAGAGGUCACUUCAGGGCUCCAGACGCACCACCUGGAGCCAGAGUUGGACAUGAGCGAUGAUGAGCUCUUUAGUGAAAUUCCCAUGCCUGAGGAUGCAGAGCCAAGCACCAGUGUUGUUCAGUGUAAUGUAGAAGAUCCCAGGCCGUCUCAAAGCAGUGGAAUUGAACUGGCUUCCUGGAACCAGGAGAACCUGGACAGAGACACUGAGGACCUGUUUAGUGAUUCACCAGUUAAGACUGAAAGCCGGGCACCAAAGAGGAAGAUGCCGGACUGGGCAAAAGUAAAGACAGACAGUGUUAAUGCUGCUCCUGCGUCAAACAAAAACAAAAAAAAGAAAGGACUCUUUAUGUGACUUUCAGUAAAAUACUACAAGUGUAUAUAAUUUAUCUUAAUUUGUUGAUGUUUUUUUUUUUUGCACAAAAAGAAUACACUAUAAAAAAUAUUUUGAUAUGUUUCUAAAUAAACUGAUUUUUAUUUAUGCUUAUUUUUUUUAUUAUAGGAGUGCAAAUCUGCCUCUCAGAAAAUAAGAUGCUUCUUGAUGCAUAUUUUACAAUACGAUGCAUUUAAACAAGUAAUGAUUCUAUAUACUUCAAUUCUCUACUGAUCCAAUAUGAUUCAGUUCAGCACCGAUAUGACUGGGUUCAAGCCCGAUUCAUUUCAGUUAAAAUUAGGUUUUCCACCAUUGGAAAGUCUUCAGGACAGGAGUUUGCGCUUUCCGUUUUUUCUGUAACAUGAGCUACGAUUUUCAAAAAUCAGGUUUUAACUAUUUUUCUGUUCAAUCCAAAAUUGGCUUGCAAAUCAAUGCUGCGGUUGUAGAUUUUAAAGAAAAAAAAUCUCUAGAUUUUCCUGUUUGAGUCUGAUUUUCUUUACAUUCCUAUUUUGUUGGUAUUAAAGUGCC